GCCCAAUUCCAGUCUGCUGUCAGCGUUCAAACGUGAAGGUUGUACAAUCAUGCUACACAAGUGUGUUUACGUAUCUCUUCUGGUUCUGGUGGUCCAAGAUGUCAGCGCGAGCAUUGGCUUUAUUGAUUUAUCCAAAUUUGACAUGAUAUAUUACGAUCCAAAUACACAAAUGGGGUUGAAAGCGGAACUUGAAGAUACUAGUCGUAAUCCUUUUCUUAGUCCUUCGAUUGGCUUUCGUGGAGUAAAAUGCAAUUGCGAAGGUCUGGCGUGUGGUUGUUGCACCGGUAUCAACGUGACUGUCUUAAACUUAAAUCGCCGUUCUUGUGUUAAUUUUACUUACAUACCCGAGGACUUCGCCAUCCGCCUCAAUUUGAUAAUGAACGAUAAUGUAAUUUUUAGUCCUACUUUUUCUGCUAAAAAUCCUGCGCCGCUUUGCGUGCCUUUUUAUACUCCCUUCGUGUUAUUCUGCGUACGCUUCUUCGAUAUCUACACGUCUGGAAAAAAUCUACACGUGUGCAUCGAUUUUGAGACACGCGUGGUAAACUGGCCGAUAUUGAUCUUGCACUUUGAUUGUGUGAAACUUGGAGCGGACGGAAUUUCUUGGAUGAAGCCGGAAGACAAUGAUGAAAUGAUACUUCAGACAAAACCGGGCGAGAUAGAAGUGUAUGACGAGGUGAACUUUGAACCAGAUCCUUUAAAUAAUAAUUCAUCAAAUACAUCUUCUGAAGAUGAUGAUCACAUCGGACAGUUAAAAGUAUAAUACAUAUAUAUUUACAAAACAUGUAUAUGAUUAUAAUACAUGUUUACAAUUACUAUACAUUGUUUGUUAAAAAAGUUUAUUGUUUUUGUUUGUUACAAUUAAAUGUAUCUUAUUAUUAUAUAUAAAAUAUAU